GUAUAGAGACCGGGGCUAAGUUGGAGGUCUGAAAUGGUAAUUUUUAAUCGAUAAAAUCAGCCCCGUGUAGACGAAAGAAAGGGGGAUUAGGGUUCAUAAUUUCUACGUCUAUUAGAAAGUUCAGUGCGUGGAACACAUAGCUUAGCCAGUAUGAAGGCGCUGCUCGGGUGCAAUGCCGAUAGAAUUAGCAACCUCCCCCACGAUGUGAUGCAGCGCAUUGUCACGUUCUUACCCGUAAAAGAUGCAGCCAAAACAGCUGCACUGUCAAAACAAUGGCGGCACAACUGGGGAGCAACUACCCAACUGGUGUUCGAUGCCCAUUUCGGCCGAAUCUCAAAAGAGGGAAACUAUGAUUCGAAUGUGAGUAGGCUGAUGUUGCAGAUUUACAAAGCUUUGCUGGUUCAUGAUGGACCCAUAACCAAGUUCGCGCUUGAAAUCCCUGGAUUAAGGCGGCCUUCUCCUGAUAUCAACCACAUGGUUCAAUUCCUCGCCAAGAAAGGUGUCCACGAACUCACCCUUAUCUUCGACGACGACGAAGUUAACGACGGCCACCCGAAGAUUGGGCGCGAGAUGCCUUCCGCCUUGUUUUCUGCUAGCCAACUCAGCUUUCUGAAAAUGCGGAAUUGUGAUUUUUCUAGGGCACCAUCCUGGUUUCUGGGAUUCACUAAGCUUACCCAUCUUUGGUUAGUAAGCGUGAGUGUGGACUCUAGUUUUUAUGACGAUUUCCUUCCCAAGUGCCCUCUUCUCGAGCACUUGACACUUGGUGUCCGGGGCUCGAAUGCGAUCGAGUCUUGUUUGAAUGCUGAAUUGGUAGCUCCUUCUCUUAAAUUUCUUGCAUCCAAUGUGUGGAAUAUCUGCUUCAAGCAUACCCCGCUUCUUUCAGUGGUCUCUAUCGAACCACUGUACCCGGAUUAUACACGAUGCGACUUUCGUGUGUAUAAUCCGGAUAUUGCAGCUGUAUUUGCUUCUCUCCCUGCACUCCAGCAUUUAAGUGUUGGCGGGGAAUGGCUGCAGUUCUUUGCCUCAGGUAACAUCCCCUCCAUGCUUCCUACACAUCUUCGUCAACUGAAACUUCUUGAAGUGGCCAGCAUUGAACUAAACUGUUCGAUGGAAACACGCGUUCUUCUUUGUCUAAUCAUGAGUUCCCCCAACUUGCAAAGGCUCCGCAUUUGGCCCAGCGAUGCCCAGUCCUUUAAGCCAACAGAGUUUAUUCACAGCUUACAGUUACUGAUAGAAGCAGAGGACUUCCCUCCUGUGAGCUGUUUUCAGUGCCUUGAAGAGUUUGACAUGAAUGGCUGUCGGGGUACACAGGUUGAGCUGGACCUGGUGAGAUUGGUGCUAACGUCUGCCCCUCGGCUUUGUAGGGUUUUCCUUACGCUGGAAGAAAAAUUGGACUACCAAGAGGGUUUUGAAUUCUUGAUGCAGGUGACACGAUAUAAGCGUGCUUCCAGAGAAGCCGAGGUCAUAUGUGUUUGAACAAGGAGGCUAAGACUCGUUAGCUUCCACUCGCUGUGCCCUACAUCGACUUCUUUGAAGUUUCUUGGUCAGAGCUCUUUCGACCAGUAACGUUGGUCGCUUGUAGCUUACUCUCUCCUUCCCUUUGGUUCAUCUUUCAUUUACGUCUUUAAAAUUACAACUCAUGAUUGAUUCUAAAUGACUUGAGGAUAUCUGAUCAAUGGCUCAAUGUGAUUUUUGGAGAUGAAAGGUUACUGUUACUUGUUUGGGCCUUAACAUUUUGUUUGCUGUGUCAUCAGUUUUUACUCCUAGAAUUUUUUUCUUUUUUGACGAAGGGAUUUUUAGUGUGUGAGAUUAACGUGAUAACCAACUACACCACCCAUACUUGUUUUACUCCUAGAAUUAAACUUAUUAUCCUAU